CCUCAUUUACGCAAAGAUGGCGACUACGGGAGUCUUACCUUUUGUGAGGGGCAUUGACCUUACUCACAAUGAUUUUUCGGUAAAAUAUAGAUUAGGGUUAAUGUAUUUAUUUUGAUAUAACUUAAGAAAGCAUUGAGCGGGCCUUUGUUUAAAUUUAAAUAACAACCACUAUUAUACCAAUGACCAUAUAUACCGGGACUACCCUCAUAAUUACUUAAUAUAAGUUAAUGACUAACUAACUAAUGACAUGACUAAUGACUUAAUGAAUGAAGAGUCAAUAGUACAAAUUUAUUAGUAUAAGUAUAGUCGGUAAAAGUGCAGUUCAGGUGCGUAUAUUAUUUCUUAACGCAUUUCGUAUUUAAAAUUUUUUUUUGUCAUGUAAACUUACGUGUAUUCUUUAAUAAUUAAAUACAGGCAGUUAUAGUUAACUAAUUCUGAAUUAUUAAUCGCAUCUUUUCUUUUUAUUUUACUUCUAAAGAGUCUUUAAACAUCCCCCAACCAAAGUGACACAGCCCCAUUUGUUUGUAUUUUUCUUUUCACCCUAUGCCAGAUUUUUAGCCACCUAUAAGUUAGUAUGCUAAACGAAAUUUUAAAACUGUAAGCAUAUUCCCAAAAAAGAAUGAAAUACUAGAUUUUUUAUUACGCGCAAGAGCCCCCCCCCCCCCAAUUUUCUUUUUUUUUUUCCCGCAAUAGCCCCCCCCCCCCCAACUUUCUUUUUUUUUUUCUCUCUCAGAGCGCUCGGAAUAUAGGGGUUGUCCUUUGAAGUCGGGGGAGACGGGGGAUCUUUGAAGUUGGGGGAGGCGGGGGAAGGGGGAUUAGAAGUGGAUCACUGACUAAGGCAGUGGACACACACGUCAUCAUUGUCCUGGACCUGGUGUGAAGCUGAAAAAAGAAAAGGUUGUACGAAUACGUGCCAAUGUGUGAUCACGUGUCCACUUUAAAAAAAAAUAUAUUAAAUACUAAAUUCAUUCCAGUUGUGUAACCCUUGAGGUUAUGGUUUUGCUUUAGCUUAUUCUCGCCUCUUUAAUCUGUAUAGUCCCAAGAAAAUUUUUGAUAAAUUAAUAAUACAAGAAUGCAUUUUAGCAAAUACCUAAAUUAAUUUGUAACAUUCUACACUUAAUUGGAAAGCAAUGGAAGAGAUGCUAGUUAAAAAAUUUAGGUGUCACUUAACCUUACAACCAUCAUGUGAGCCCAGCAGUCUGGGGCUUAAAGAUGUAAUGUGGACAUUGUUUUAAUCAUCAUCUUUCAAUGCCAGGUGGGGAGGACAAACCAAAAAGUGGCUUGGGGCCCCAAAAAUAUGAGUGACGACUCUGCUUGACCUGCUUGUGUUAUGCAAAUAUUUUUUUAUAUUACUAAAUAGUAAUGGGCUUUUAUUUUUUAAUUAAACCUUUUUAGGGGUUAACUACUUCACCCGACUGGUACUGACCUACUUUUUUUGCCAUGUAUAGCCUCAGUACCGGCUAUUAUUUUGCUAAUUAUUCCCUGUGGCCCAGACAUUAUUUUGGAGUGGGCCAAAAUUUGUUCUUCAAACUUUUCAUUGGCAAUGGCACACUUGGGGAUUCUGUUGCUAGCACAGUGUCUAGUCAAUCUUAUUAAAUCAAUAUCUACUUUGGCACUAGAUCUAAAACCUGUAAAACCUACAGGCUCCUGUAAGCUUAAAUUUUGAACUAUAGUAGGCCUAUUUCCUUCAACAAUUUCAUCCCCUCUUCCUCAUCAGGAUCAGAAUCAUGUAAGAAAUAGUGCUAGGUCUUAGGCAGCGUCAUGGAAACAGCAAACACAGAUCCGCACAAAAAACUCAGUACUUGGUCUAUUUUCAUAAUUUAAAAGGCACAAUACAAUUCAACUAUUCCCCUAACGAAUAAACAUUCUGCCCAAGACUGUGGUGUAAGGGUAUCUCCUCGUUUUUGUGAUUAUAUUAGAUACCCCUUUAUGUGGCAAAUAGACGUGCUUGCCCACAGGGAAAAAAAUUGGCUGCUGAAAAAAGACGCGCUUGGGCCACAGAGAAAAUAGUAGGUCACUGCAAAAAACAUGCCCGGUACUAUAUGGGUUAAUUAAUAAAUGAAAUUUAAAAAAAAAAAAAAAUUCUCCAACACAAAAAAGCACAGCUAAAAUCAUAUUGCAUAUUUAAGAAAACACAAACGCUUUUGAUUUAACAAUAAUUGAUGAAAAGUUUUCCUUUGAUCUUGCCCAACAUACAUGGAAUCGAGUACUUUUAAAAUUAUGAUAAUAGCUAUAUUUUUUAAAGCAUAAUGCCAUCAUACCAUUUAUAAUUAACACCUAUCCGUACUUUAAAAGUCAUGCUUUUAUGAUGAAAUGUAGUUUGAAAAUAGAUUGCAAUUGUUUGAUACUUAGCAAGAACUAUUAUUAAAAUUGUAGCCCUUAAUAUUAGUGUAAAGGUAUUUUAAUAUGGUGUUAUUAAACUAUUCAAGUCUAUAAACUUGUGAAUGUGCAAAAAAACCAAAAAAACAACAAAAACUAUUUAUGCGAACAAAAGGAAGUAAUACUUCGCUUUAUAAUCAUUAGUGGCCCGCACGAUAUUUAUAAUUGAAUAGUGUAAGCCUCUAACAAGAUUUACCUAAAUGUACGGAUCAUCAAAUAUAAUGAGGGUAGGGAUACUUCAUAGGCUCCACUAAUUGUAAUCGGUUAAGGGCACCAGUUACUAUUCUAUUUAAAACUUUUAUAAAAAUUGAAAAUUUAGUUAUUUUUAAUUUUUAACAAAUUUUUUGUUUUUAUUUUUAUUGUUGUUCACAUUUUUUCUUGGAGGGGAGAGCACUGCUUACCUGGAGAGAUGCCUGAAAUAAACACUGCUCCUAUCUUGACCGGUUAACUCCUAAGCCUAAGUUAUUAAUAUUAGUAUUACACUUGCUAAUUACUAGAAUUAGGGGCUGUCCAUAAAUUAAGUCAUGCAAAUUUUGUCAGUUUUUUUACACCCACCUCCCCGACACAAAUUGAAUGUCACAAACCUCUGCGCCUCCCCACCCCCUUAUGAAAAUCCCUCUGUCCACUACUGUUCUUUACAAACCCUAAAAAAAAAUCACAAUUUUCAUACUACUAGAAGUAGCAUAGUUAUAGCUAAGAAAAAAGGGAUCAACCUCUAAUGAAAGAAAAAAGACUGAUAAUUUUUUUUAAAAACAAUUUAUAAGUUGUUAUGCACUGCCUUCUAUAGUGAGAAAUUAAUCUCUUGUUUUAAGUUAUGGCUCGUUCUAAACAGUGCAUAACAAAGGACGAUAUCUAUCAUAUGGGAAAAACAACAGCAAAAUACGACACUCAAAACAGUACUAAUUACAAUUAAUACGAUUUAGUUAGUUAUCUAUAUAAUUACAAAAUAAAAGAAAUAUUAUUAAAAAUUCAUCAACUUACAGAGUAUGAUAGGUCUUGUACCGGUACACACUUAAUACAAUGUGCCAAUUAAUAAUGUACAAUGAUGAAUGUGAAUAAACACAUAUGAGUACACACAGAAUAAUACACUUGUCUGGUGAAGUGAAAAAUAUCUAUCUGAAUCUCUGUCCCUCAAUGUUCUCUGAACCUCUUAUAUAGGCAGUGUAAGACGCAUUCCAUUCUAGUCCACUCCCGAACUUUCCACUAAAUACUAUGAGGACAGAUUAAUUACUUUUAGUUGGUAGCGGUAGUAAACACGGCAUGAUGAAAGGGAAUAGGCCACGCCCAAUACGAACGCGGCGUCUGCUAGAUUGGCAGCACGGGGGAAACGUGAUGUAAACACUUCCUACAUAACAUAGGUGCUCUGUCCAUACAAGACAUUUUUGAAAAGCAGAUUAAUAGGCACACACAGUAGGGGAAACUAAUAAAAAUUAAUAUAUGUUCAUAUUAUUAUUUAUAAAAUCUACUUUAAUCUCUACAGUUUGAGGAUGAGUCUAUUUGUUUUAUUAUUACUUUUGUCUUUUAUCAACAUUUCCAUUUUCAUUAUUCUUUGAGUAUGACCUUGAGAUAUUCACCUGAUCCCCAUUAUUCUUUAAGCCUCAAAUUUAAAACAAUAUAUUUUACAGAGAAGUUUUCCAGAUCAUGUACAAGAUAUGACAGGGCUUCGAUGGCUUCGAUUGAGUCACACAAAUCUGAAGGAAGUACCAAGUGAAAUUGGUUUUCUUAAUAAAUUGGUAAGCUAAUUUACAUACAUGUUUACAUAAAAUACAUAUUUAUUUCAUGCCUAAAUUAUCACACUAUUUUCUUUAUGAUGGAUUAAGAUUGGGGAAGCUAUAAACAAUAACUAUUCUUAUCAAUAAGUUAAUUAUAUAUUGAAGACAUAAGUUUACAUGUUAAUUUUAAUAGUUUACAGUAUUAUUUAUAAAUUUUUAUUACAUAUUUUUUCAUAAAUCUCUUUUUGAAACUGAUGACUUUGACUAAAUCUUUUACUAUUACAGGAGGAUCUUGUUAUGGUUCACAAUGACAUCCAGUCGCUUGGUAAAGAUCUACCUUCACUUCCAGCCCUUCACAGCAUCAAUUUCAGAUUCAAUCAAUUAACAGACACUGGUGUGCCUAGCAAAAUCUUUACUGGCAAUGAUCUUUCUAUUGUUGUGAGUCAUUUAAAGAUUUAAUCAAUCUUAAUAUAAAAUGUCCAGAAAACUUCAUCUAGACGGGAAACAAGACCCAACUAAUGCAUGAAACAAAUAUCAAUAACAGAAAUCAAGGGUGCUGAAGACUCCCAAGCGAAAAGGGGAGGGGUUGGGGAGGGGUCUGGGCAGGAGGAGCCCUCUGUGGUUCUGUGCUGUUGUGUUUUUCCAUGGAUUAUUUUUAGUUUUGUAAUAAUUAUAUUAUAGAUAAUUGGUGUAAUUACUUUUAAGCUUUCAAAGCUGUGGAUUUUUAUUUAUUUUCUUUGAACUUUUUAACAAAAAGAUUUAAUAUUUCUCAUCUUGGUACUUAGGAUUUGAGCCACAAUAAACUAUCCCAAGUUCCCCCAGAAUUGGAAAAUGCCAAGUCUGUGCUUGUCCUUAACCUGAGUCAUAAUCAGUAAGUUAACCAUGCCUACAUAUUUCCUUUGUUAAUUUUUUUACUGUAAAAACUCAGGAACCUGUUCAUUAGUUAUUUGGACACAUUUUGUGAUCCAGAGUAAUAUUUUAUGACACACCAUUAUACUAUGCACACCUGGAAAGAAAGGAAGACAUCAUGUCUACGGUGUUUUAAGUCAAAUCAAGGACAAGCGUGUCUGUCAAACCACAAUACAAAACAAGAUAAGUGGCAGGAUAGGGAAGGCUGCAACUGUUAUGGCCAGACUGAAGAAAAGAGUCUGGUCAAAUGCCAAACUCACAACAAGAACUAAGCUGCAGAUAUACCAGGCCUGCGUACUGAGCACACUCCUUUAUGGAUGCGAGUCAUGGACCUCAUACUCGAAGCACGAAAGAAGGCUCAAUGGCUUCCACCUCAGAUGCCUGCGCCACAUCCUUGACAUUAAAUGGCAAGACAAAGUCCCCAACACGGAUGUCCUGUCCCAAACAUGUGUAGCGUCUCAGCCAUAUUAAUCCAAAGACGCCUCCGCUGGCUUGGACACGUCAAGCGCAUGCAACCUGGUCUCAUACCCAAGGACGUGCUAUACAGUGAGCUGGCGACAGGGAAAAGGUCAGUUGGACGGCCUCGUCUGAGAUACUUAGACAUAUGCAAAAGAGACAUAAAGUCAGCCAACAUCAACAUCUCAAACUGGGAGGACCUGGCAGAGGAUCGAUCCACAUGGCGGGACAUCGUUAAAGGAAGGAUCACUACAUGCCGAGGAGCAAAACAGGGCGGAAACAGCUGCAAAAAGAGUGAGGAGGAAGGCCAGUAAAUACUGCUCCACCCCAUUCGUAUGUGGGAAAUGCAACAGAGACAGCCACUCUAGGAUUGGUCUCACUAGCCACACCAAGAGCUGCAAGCAAUAAAGAUAAUCUAUCGUCUCCCGGAGACGGAAAGAUGCCACACCACACAUACAAAACAUUAUGUUCAUUAUCAAAGCUUUUAAACAAAAACUGUUAUUAUUUUUUCAAUAGGUUUAAUAUAUUUACAUAUAAUUUGUCACCCAUUCUUCAAGUUUGUUUUAUAAGGUCAUGAAAUAAUAAUGAAUUUUAAAUAAUUUGCAGGAUUGAAAUGAUCCCGAAUCAGCUUUUCAUCAAUUUGACAGAUCUUGUCUUUGUAGAUUUGAGCAAUAACAAUUUAGGUGAUACUUUUUUGUUGGUAAUAAUAAUAAUAAUCAACUGUAUAAAGUAAAUGCUUUUACUGGCAAAAAUAUUUAUUGCAUCGAAGUCUGCUAAAGUAAUUAAAAAAUAAAUGUUGCUGAGAGCUGCUAUUUUAGAUGAAUAAUUUAUGAAAUGGAACAAGUUUCAGCUACUUGAACUUGCCAAGUUGGAAUAAAUGUUGUUGUGGUAAAAAUGAUUAAGUACAAAAAUCAGACAAAAGAAAAUUUAUUUUGAAGGCUUAAAUUAAAGAUAAUUAUUUGAUAUAUUUUUAUGUCAUAGUAAAUUAUAAUAAUUUCUUUCAUUUUCUGAAACUACAACCUUUUUUUACUUCUCCAUUUCCUCUUAGAAACUCUGCCACCACAAAUGAGGCGAUUAACCAGUCUUCACACACUAAUUCUUGAUAACAACCCACUCAUUCAUGCCCAACUUAGGUAACUAACAUUUAAGAAAUAUUUUAGUUUUAUAUACAGGGAAGUUAAUUCACCUCAUUCUCAAACCCCUAACCUUUUGCUCAAACAUUUUUAGGCAACUACCAGUGCUCACAGCUCUACAGACACUGAGAAUGAAAAACACACAGAGAACACUAAAUAAUUUCCCCACUGGUUUGGACACUCUCACAAAUUUACAAGGUAAAUAGAGUCAGAAUUUUUAAAUAUCCUGUGACUUAUUUUUGUUAACGUUAUAGGUUUUAUCCAUAUUGCAAGAAUAAAUGAAAAUUUUAGUGAGAUACCUCAAGUAAAUUAUGCACUAUAUUAGUUAUAUUUUCAGCUAACUACAUACUGCAAAAAAAGUAAUACAAAUUUAUUCAAACAAUUUAAAUUAGUCUGGAAACAUUUUUUUAAAUAUAAAAAUCAUAAGCUGGUUUAAAGACCAAAGAUCAUUGAUAUUUUGAUUAUGAUAAAUGUAUGUAUGUACAUAAAAAUUCAUGCAUCAAAAUCAGAAUGACCUAUUCCUGAUAUUCCAUUAUUUAUAAUGACAAACUAUUGCUAGGUAUCUUAUAUAUUAUUUUGUUCACAAUUGAAGAUGUGGACUUGUCCUACAACACUUUGACUCGAGUGCCAGAAGCUCUUUAUAAACUUGAAUCUUUGAAGCGGCUUAAUCUAAGCAAUAAUGAAAUUACAGAAUUAUCUGUAAUGAUUGGUAAGUGUUGAAUAAUAUAAUAUAUAAAAGAACAAAACAUAUUUAAAAAUUCAUGCUUGCUAUAAAAUUAAAUAAUUUUAACGUGAGUCUAUUCAGUAAAGGCACUUAAGUAAAUUAUUAAUGUGUUAAUAUUUUAUACAUGCAUUUAUCUAAAAACAUUUUUAGUACUAUGGUCUUCAGUAGUAAUUACAAAAUUUUGAUUACAUUAAAGUAGGCCUUAUAGUCUCAAAAUGAUUUAAACAAUUUUCAGACACUUGGGCUAAAAUGGAGACUCUCAACUUGUCCCGCAAUAAGCUAAAAGCUUUACCAGUAAGUUAUUCCUUCAUGUAUUUUGUUUUUGAUACAUGUCAGAGUGCUUUUGUGACCAUUAAACUUCAAUUAAAAUAUGAAGAAAUUGAGAAAUAGAAUAGUGAAUUUAGCUUUACUAUUUUUGUUGACAGAAAAUUCUUUCAUUUUCUUGUAAUCUCUAAACUUUCCCUAGUCAUCACUGCAUAAACUCCAGAACUUGAAGAAGCUAUACCUCAAUGGUAACCAGCUAGACUUUGAAGGGAUUCCUGCCAAUAUUGGAAAAUUACAUAACCUCGAAGUCUUUAGUGCAUCAAAAAAUAAUCUAGAAAUGAUUCCAGAAGGCCUGGGAAGGUUUGUUGUGAUGAAGUUUCAAUAAUUUGUAGAUGAUAUACAAAAUGUAUUAGGUGUAGACAUUUAUAUUUGAGUUUGACAUCAAAAUUGCUUAAAUUGCAUUAUAUAAAAUCUCAAAUGUCUUAAACAAAGUAUCAAUGAAAUUAAAAGAAUUUUUCAUCUAUUUGCAGGUGUGGAAAGUUGAAAAAACUUAUUUUAAAUGGUAACAGAUUAAUCACCUUACCUGACAUCUUGCACCUUCUCCCUGAACUUGAGGUAAUUCUUUUCUUCUCUGCCAAUCUUAAAAUAAAAUGUUUAGGGAAAAUUUAUGAUAUUUAUCCCUAAUGUAUGGCAGAGGUACAUGCAAGCUGCAUGGUUUCACAUUUUAUUCUAUCUUUUUUUAAAAAAAUACUUUAUCUAAGACUCUUGAUGUAAGAGAAAACCCAGAUCUGGUCAUGCCCCCUAAGCCACAAGAGGCAAAGGCAGCACUGCAGUACUACAACAUAGACUUCACUCUCAAUACUCAACUUCGACUUGCUGGUGCCCAACCAGUGCCUUCAUCAGGACAAUCUCCAUGUAAGUGGUUCCUAAUACAUGUUUAAUAUUACAAUAUGUAGGCACUUGGUAUCGCUGGGGGAAAACCCAAAAAUCGGAUAUCGUGAUUUCGCUGUUAAAAUGGAGUCCACCACUUUUUAAUUUACAGAAUAUGAGGUUGUUUUGGAUUAUUUUACCAGAAAGAGGCUUGGAAGUAAAUUAUAAUUACCACAACAAAUGAAAAUAGACAUCAUUGUUGUGCGUUUGACAGUAUUCUUGUUAAACAAAUUUGAGGUUUUAAUUUUGAAAAUUGAAGGUAAAAACAUACUAAUUUUACUAAAUCAUUUUUGUUGUUGAUAAAAACCUCUUUAAAAAUUUUAAAGGCCUAAAUAGAUCAUUACAUAAAUAACAAUAUAUAAAACAUUAGUGAGGUAAGGACUUGUAUUUUUGUCAAAAAAUGUGUUACCAAAAUUGUUUCCACUUGUCUGCAUAUUACCUAUUAACGAAAAUGUUUUUUGGGGUAAAUAAAUUGAUUUACACUGGAAAUCCAUCAUUUUACCCCAUCAUAUUACCAUAUCAUAUUACCCAUAAUAACUCAUUUAAAACAAAUCAAAUAAUUAAAUAAGACAAAAAAAUAUUUUUAAUGUGAUUUCAUGAUUUUAUUUAGAGGUAUUGAUUUGAGGAUUUAGAUAGAUAGCCUAUUUACUACUUAUAUAAAUACCCCCACCGCAACAUAUUAUUUGUGGGACCUAUUAAAUGUAAUGAUAUUUUGGGCUAUUUCAUUAUAUUUCAAUGAAUAUUAUGAUUCUUAAAACAUUAACUAAAUAAAUUUUUAAAAAAUAUUUACUUACCUUUGACAUUGAAGUAUUUAAAUAAAAAUUGUAGAAAAGUAAGUUUUGGUCUUUUGUCACAGAUAGCGCAAAAAGGCUCCGUAUCAAGAGCGUUAAUUUCUAUCCCAAGUUAAUUCCAGCAAUCAUGUUGAUUUUUAAGACAUGAUUUCUAACUGAAAUAAAUUAAAGUGAUUUUUGUGUGACAUAGAUAACUUGUUAAAAGUUUAGUAAUUUUUGUGCAACUUAUAUGCUUAACUGAAUAUUAUAAAAUUUUUACUGGUAAGACAAGUCACAUGGCCUAAAAUGCUUUACUAAGUUAAAAACUGAAGCUGUUAAAAGCACCAGGUUAUUUUUAUUAAUUUAUUGUUACUGAGUUGAAUUAGAUUUUAACAUGUUGAUUUGUAAAACAUGAUCACUAACUUAAAUGGCAUAGCCUACUAAUUUCUGUCAUAUUCAUAUGGAACUAUAUAUAGAGGAAAAAAAUUACAAUGGUCAAUUUUAACUAAAUAAAUCAAUUAUUCCCUUUAUUAUUUUUCUGUACUUAAACAGUUCCACUGAAAAAUUGAAUGUUAAAUCUUUAAAUUAUUAUUAUUAUUAUCUGUGGGAAAUUAAAAUAAAAAAUAAUUUUUUAAUCAAUUUAUGGAAUAAAAAAUAAUUGUUUAUCAAAAUUUGAUAAAAUAUGCUUACUCAGGAAAUUUAGAAACAUUUAAAAAAUUUGUUUUGAUCAUCAACAAUAACUAAAUCUUUAUUUUGUAAGUUUAUUUAUUAAUACCUGUUACUCAUAUCUAACUAUAUUCCCUUUAAUAUUAUAAUUUUGUCUUAUUUUAUAAUAAAGUCAGAGACCAUAAUACAAAAGUAAAAAAUGGGUUAUGAAAUGUGGAGGAAAACUCUACAGUGAAAAAGUGUAAUUUUGGUCCUUAAUAAAAAAAUUCAUAACUUUUGAACCACUUGAGCUAGAAAGUUGAUCUUGUUUUUUUUUUGUUUUUUUUCUUUUUUGUUAACAAUGCUCUAGGCUCUCUACAACUGUAGUAAUUUUAUAUAUUUAAAAAUGUUUUGAAAUUUUCACCAAAGUGCCUACAAUGCAUUGUUAGUAGUUUUAUAAACAGGAAUAAUGAAAAUAUCAAGCUGUUGUUGUUAUUUACUUAUAUAAUAGUAUAUUGGAAACAUUUUUUAGCACCAAAAAGUGAUCCUGUUGCAAGAAAAUUGAGACUCAGAAGACGAAGAGAUGGGCAAGAGAGUGAGAAAGUGUUGAAGGUGAUUAUUUCAAAUAUAUUAUUUUCUGAAAAAUAUUUUAUCUUCUAAAUGUAAUACUCACUUUGUACAAAAUCAUUUUAGUUGGUGAACUAUUUAAAAAAAAAAAAUUAUAUUGAAGUCCUGUCAUAGAUGAUUGCCUGAAUUAGAAUACUAUUACCAGAAAUGAAUUUGGCUAGAUAUUACAUUUUCACAUACAAUGAUAAUCUGAUAGUAAUUGAAUCGAUAUGUUUUAGUUAAGCUUAUACAUGAUAAUCUGAUAGUAAUUGAAUUGAUAGGUUUCAAUUAAGCUUAUAGGCUACAACAAAAUUUAAUAGUAAUUUAAUCAGCAGAUUGCAAUUAAGCUUAUACAACAAAAAUAUAUCACAGGGGAUGAGAGAUGUUGCUAAGGAUAAAGCGGAAGGGAAGGCGAGUGCUAAAGAUGAUGAACAAAGAGAACCACUGAAGUAAGUAUUAUUUUGAUCUUGGUUUACAUAAACUUUUGAUUAUGUUUUUCCCAUUGAGUUCCAUCCCAUAAUUUUUUUAAUAUCUUUCUCAUUUUUAUACUUUACAUAAAGGCCAAAGAGAUGGGAUGAAAAUCUUCAUCGUCCACAAUUAGACUACAGUGAAAUAUUUGAUGAAGAUGUUGGACAAAUUCCAGGUAAAGUGUGAAAAAAGCGUGUUUUUUUCUUGUAAUACUUAGGCUUCAGUACAAUAAUCAAAAUACUUUCUUAUAGUUUUAGGGUAACAAAAUAAACUAGACAAUCAUUGCCAAAGGGGACUUAACAUGAUUCCUAGAGUCAUCAUUAUUUCCAUACGACUUGCUGUUUUCAUAAAUUUUAUGUUGUAGCUAAAAAAAUGUUUUAAUAAAGUAAACUUAGGUUUGAGCAGAAUAUUUUGUGUCACUUUUAUCAGUAAACAUUUGUCUUUUUUCAGGUAUAGCUUGCUGGGAAAUAGAAAAUUUUCUUCCAAACCAGGUUGAGGAAGGUGAGUGGUUUAUAUGAACAUCGUAAGAAAUUCAUCAUCAAGAUCCUGUAACCAUUUGGGCAUUAAAUUUAAUAUUAGAUUAUAAAAAAGAACUGUAGAUGUCAAAUGUAAAAAAAGAAAAGUUAGAAAAAUGUCACGAUUCUUAUAUUCAUUCUGUUACUUCUUAAUCUGACUUUUUUCUUGCAGGUCUGAUUGGCAAAUUUUAUCAAGCUGAUUGCUACAUAAUUUUAAAGACUUAUAUUGAUGAGUCCAAUAGUCUCAGCUGGAAAAUUUGGUAUUGGAUAGGAAAUGAUGCUACGGUAAUUGAAAUUAGUGAUGUUUUUUAUUUUAUUUUAUAAGUUAGUAAUAGGAUACAGUAAAUAAGUAUUUAUAAUAAAUAGUCUUAUUUCAACAUCUUUGAUACACUGAGAUUUUAUUAGUCUUAUAUCAACAUAUUAGAUACAUUGAGAUUUUAUAAAUGGAAACCUAUGAAAGACAUUUACAUUUUUUCUUUACUUUGCUUUCCUAUUUCAAAUUAGCUAAUUAAUUCAAUACAAUACUUUUUCAGACCUGUUUACUUUAUGAUUGUGACUUACAAUAUACGAUUUUGAGAUGUCUUUUAUGAUUGUAUGCUGAGACCUGUCAGAACUAUGAUUGUUGGAGACUGGUUAAAAAAAUAUAUUCCAGUAGUUUUUACGAUUUAAAAAAAAAAGAAGCUGUUUCGGUUGUUAGUUUUGUCUCCUUACUACACCCGGUUGUGAAUGAACAGAGAAAUAUGAUUGCCUUGGGACCAUUUAUAAUUAUAUUACAUACACACUGUGAAGGGAAAGGGGGUGAUGUUGACUUGGACGUGAAUGGGUGUGUAUCGGAGGGGUAGAAAAAGGUCUCUAAAUAUUUUUAAAGGUUAUAAAAUAACAUCUCAUUUCGUAAUGGUUGUGAUAUUAUUGCCAUGUUUUUUCACAAUGAACUUGCUAGAUACAGCAACAGUAAUAUUUAGCCUUUUGACAAAUUUAGUAAACAUUCGCUUUUGUUUUCUUUGAUGCUCUAUAACAAAAUUUUGUGACAUAAUUAUUUCGUUCUUCUGCUGAAGAGCAGCGAUUGCGAAAAGGGAGAAAACUACAUUUUAAAAAAAAAAAUAAAAAAAAAAAAAAAAAAAAAAAAAAAAAAAAAAAAAAUAAAAAAAAAAAAAAAAAAAAAAAAAAAAAAUAAAAAAAAAAAAAAAAUAUCAUUCUCUACUGCUCUACACAGCAUCAGAUUUUGACAUAUUUUAUAAGAUCUAGUAAGCAACAUUUCUAAUCUAUUUUUAGAAGUCACUAAGCAGCUGUACAAUUUUAAUAUACCAGCACUCUUCCCUUCCCCAAAAACAGAUUUUGUUAGUUAUUAGACUACAAAAUGACAGAAAAUAAAAUCAGUCUACGAGGCGUAAUUUUCCACAAACUUUACAAUUAAGUGUAGAAAGAUGUAAAACUUUAUUUAGGUACUCUGAGGUAUACGCAAAAGUGCAUGCCUGCAUUUUAAAUUUAUUAUAAAAAAUCUGGGAAGUGGGGCUCAGCCUCCUGCUCCAAUCCCACCUCUUUUGUUUGGGUGACUUUGAAAAGCAUCCUCAAUUUCUGCACCACAUCUUCAUAUAUAAAAUUGGCAAAUGACAGGCACCUUCUUAUUUUCAAUGAUGCACUGUAUAUAAAUAUUUAAACGUCGGUCAUCUAUUUUAACUAUAAUGACAGGAUAUCAUAUGAUUAGGAGAUGUAAAGUACUAUUCUGAGACUGUAUUGUGCUAUUUUGGGAGCUCCAGUGUAACUAUUUCUGCAUUUUUAAAAAGUCUUAGAUAAAAUUUGAAUAUUAUUAUUAACAAGAGACAUUUUCUUCUUUCAGCUUGAUAAAAAAGCUUGUUCAGCUAUCCAUGCUGUCAAUCUGCGUAACCUGUUAGGGGCUGACUGUAGAACCAUUCGACAAGAGCAAAAUGAUGAAGAUGAUGAUUUUUUGGACUUGUUUGAAAAUGGCAUUUCAGUUAUUGAAGGAGGACGUACUUCUAGUGGCUUUUACACAGUCGAAGAUGCUGUGAGGAGUGAAAUAUUUGUGUUAAUUGUUUUUAAUUAAUGGCUACAACAUUAAAACACACAUAUUUUCAAGUGCAUAUUUUUAUCUGGUUGAUAGAUUGUUAAGCAAUACAUGCUCUGCGUCCUUCAUUGAUUUAUUAUUCAUCAGUGCUAAUCUUAUUGUUAUUAGGUUUUAUCAAUCCAUAUGUAUAUUACACAUGAUUGAGAUCAUUCAUACUUUGCUUUUGAUUUGCAUCUAAAUAUAUCUCUUUAAAACUAAACAUCCACAUAUUUAUGUUCACUGCAUAAUGCAUUGAGAAAGUAAUAAAUGGCAACACAAAACUUACUCAGAAAUUAAAGACAUAAUCAUUUUUUUUAAAACUGUUUUUGCUAAUAGGAUCCUGAAGUAAGACUUUACAGAGCCACGGGGACCCUGUCAGUGCACAUGGAGAGGGUGAGUUAAUCUUUUAAUUUAUACAUUAAGAAAACUCUGCAAAUAUUAACUCGGGUGAAAUCUACUUAACUCCAUGUUUGUGAAUAACAUAGAUUAGACACCAUGUUUUGUCUUUAUCAUAUUAAUGUUGUAUAAUCACGUGGAAAUUGUUUUUUUUUUUUAAUAAAAAAUUGAGGGAAUACUUAUUAUCUCCACAGUGUCCUCUUUUGCUUGAUAUAUUAGACCCAAGGCAUGUGUUUUUAUUGGAUGCUGGUCAAAAGCUGUUUAUAUGGAAUGGCAACAAGUCUAAUUUGGUCACAAGAACAAAAUCAAGGUUUGUUAUUAAUUCUUUGUUUUAUUUUUAUAUCUUGUUAUCUGCUAAUAUCUGGUUAUCAUGAGUAAAAAAAAAUCUGUCACUAAAUAUACACUAUUUUCAAAAAUACAUGACAAAGAAUAAUCACUCCCGCAUUGUACUUAUUGAUUUUAACACACUGGUAUGCUUUUCUAAUAUUUCUAAGUUCUCUUGAUUCUUAUAUAUUCCCCAAUAUGUCAUUCAGCAGGUGAGAAAAUUUAGCAUAUGAUUAAGAUUUGGCCAUUUUGGCAUAAGUGCUUAAAAGACGUACCCACCUUAGAAAAGAUACAUUUUUCAUUUCUAGAAAACUGUAAUUUACAUGACUAUCAACUUUUGCAGACUUAUAGCAGAAAAAAUAAAUAAAAAUGAAAGAAAAGGCAAGGCUGAAAUUAUACAGUUCGCACAAGGCAAAGAAACAUCAGAUUUCUGGAGAUCCAUUGGUGGACCUCCUGAUAGUUUUGAAGUCAAGGUAUUCAAACUUUAACUCAUGCUUGAUUUGUUGUUGACAUAUGCUGUAGAAUUAGGAAGACAUACAUGUUUUAUUAAAAUGUUUGUAAACUUUUCUCAUUUACCAUUUUAAUUUUGCAUAUGCAGAAUUCUUCACUAUCGGACAUUCCCAUAGCAAAUCCAAGACUAUAUAGAGUAGGACUUGGUAAAGGAUAUUUGGAGCUUCCUCAGGGUAAGCUAACGUCUUAAACUUAAACACUAAAAGUAUUAUUUUAUAUCUAGAUGUUAAGAAAGCAAAACAUCCCAGGUAGAAAAUAAUAAUUUUUUUUAUAUACUGGAUAUUAAAAUUAAUAAAAGAUUAUGAAAUUUAUAUUGAAGUAAGUUAUGUAAAUUAUUCAUUAAAAAAUUCAAGUAUAGUAAGUUUUAUAUGUAAAUGAAUUCCAUUUAAUAUUUCUAUGCAUUUUAUCUAUUUGUUUUAGUUCACAUCCCUAAAAAUCGACUAGUCAACACUUUGCUAGAUACUAAAUGUGUUUAUGUUCUAGACUGUAUCACUGAUGUCUUUGUAUGGUAAGUAAAUUACUAUCCUUUAUUGUUACCAGUCAUAAUUUUCUUUUAUAUGAAAACUAUUCAUUCAUCAGCUAUGUUAUUUUUAUUAGAUAGAAAGUACCAUGAUGGUUGGAUAUCCGGAUGCACAGUUUAAUUGGCAGAUGAUUGGUUAUGGCUGCUCUGCAGAUUUAUUCAUUAGUAAUUAAUUUCAUUUUGCUGUGCAUAGUGCAGAAGACAGAGACAAAUGGAGGAGGAUAGUUCACACGUCAUCUAUGACAUCUCAACGGUCCAAGGACUACGGGACAAGAUGAUGAUGAAUUGCAAUUUACAAAAAAUUAGUUAGCUAAUCAGCUUUUUUUUAUCAGAAAAUGCUAUCAAGAUGUUGUCUUAAAAUAUAGAAUAUUCUAUUAAAAUAUGUUAUCUAUAAAUAUAGAAGCAAAAAAUACAGAUCCGCACAAAAAACUCAGUAAUUGGUCGAUUUUCAUUAUUUAAAAGGCUCAAUAAAAUUCAACUAUUCCCCUAACGAAUAACAUUUUGCCUGAGACUGUGGUGAAAGGUUAUAUCCUCACAAACAGUAUGGGGGCAAGGAGGUGGCAAAUAACAUUCCAUUUUUUUCGGAUGAUGAAAAUUUUUUAUAUUGGCAUAUACAAACAGGAUACCAAUUGUUUUAUUCAAAAUGUCCUCACCCCUGAUGUAAAUGAUUUUUUAAAAAAAAAUAUAUGAAGGGACAGUCAUUGUUUAUGCAUAAUUUGUGUUCUACCCUGGUAGCCGUAUGGAUACUAAUUCUUCUACGUCAACUAGUGGAUUGUCACUUUGAUAUGGAUUAUGUCAGUCUUUUUAGUUAGCAAUACACUCGACAAUGGGAAAUUCUGGCAUGAAUGCUAUGUUGGUACAUGUGACAGAAAUGGUCCCUCCUUACUAUAUACAACAUCAAUUUUUUUUUUCUUCCUCCAAGACCCCAUUAUAUCAAGUCAUCAGUAAAAGAAAAAUGAACAAAAUUAACUUCAACUUAUUUUUUAUGAUAAAUUUAAGAUGAUUAAAUCUAAAAAAAAAUUGUAUCUAUCCAUUUAGGUGUGUUUAAAUAUUUCCAAAGAUAAUAGUAUUAUUAAAAUCUCUACUUUAAGGAUUGGGAAAAAAUCAACAAGGCUGGUAAGAGCAGCAGCCUUAAAACUGGCUCAGGAACUUCAUGACAUGAUUGACAGACCUGAAUUUGUCACCAUCUAUCGAUGCCUUGAAGGGUAAGGGUGUGUACUAAAUGUAUGGUUAUCUUUAUGUAUUCAUGGUCUCAAUGUUGAGAGAUAUUUUCAGUACUGUCUUUUUUUUACAUGCGAUUCACAAAAUCAUGAACUCAAUAUUUCAUGAUUUCGCUAAUUUUGUAGGACAGAGCCACAGAUCUUCAAGACUAAAUUUGUAGGCUGGGAUGAUGUUUUACCAGUAGACUACACACGAUCUGUUGAAUCUAUUGCAAGGCGUGGAGCAGAUAUAAAGGUAUGUGGGUUAAAUUGAUAUUUGUUACUUUAUCUUUGCCCAAAAUAUCCUUUAAUUAAAUCUUAAGUCUACAUUUCAUACUUGCCAAAGAGCUCUCAUAGAUGAAAGAAGAAAAAACUAUUUUAUUGACAGGUUAUCAUGGAAAAGGACAAGAUGCAGACUGAUUUAUCAGCCCUUUUUAUGCCAAGACAGCCAACAAUGACAGAAGAAGAAGCUGUAAGAACCUUUAGUAAAUGAAUUGUAUUUUUAGGAGAGAUUAUUAACCUUUUAAAGAGAGUAUUAAAAAUAAUUAUUCUAAUUAUAUAUUUACCAUGCAAAUAUUUUAUUCUAAUUAUAUAUUUACCAUGCAAAUAUUUUUUUCUAACUUUUUAUUUAUUCAGCUUUAACUUUAGAAUUUAUAAAAGAUAUUGCCAGAACACAGCUAACUUUCCUUAUGAUCAAUUUUAUUUUCUGGAAAUUUCAGGAGACACUGUCAGCAGACUGGAAUGAUGACCUGGAUGGAAUGGAAUCUUUUGUUUUGGAGGGCAAAAAAUUUGUUCGUCUCCCAGAUGAAGAAUUGGGUAAAAAAUAUUUAAAUCCUUUUUAUAUUUUUCUAUUCCUGAUUUGAGCUUGAAUUUUUAGAUAAGAGAAGAUGAGAACCAUUUUUGUUAAAAAAUAUGGAAAUUUAUUGUGAUCACAUUAUAACUUGUAGAAUUUUAAAAAUAUCAUUCAACUUCAUUAAAUGAUGCUUUUGAUAUAUUACAAGAAGUUUUGUUUCUCACCUAACAGGUGUUUUCCAUGCAGAAGACUGCUAUGUGUUCUUAUGCAGAUACUGGGUGCCUGUUGAUUUACCUGAGGGAGAAGAAGACAUUGAUGAGGAUGACUUACCUGAAGAUGAGUUCAAGUGCAUUGUUUAUUUCUGGCAAGGAAGAAAUGCUUCCAACAUGGGCUGGUUAACUUUUACAUUCAGGUAUAUAGAAACAAAUUAGAUUUAAAAUGGCCUUGCAUAGUAUCAAUCAACUCAAACUGUGAUGUACCUGUGUAAUCUAAUCUUUUUCAUUAAAUAUGUUUUAAAAAAUGAGCUUGAAUGAACAAGCUCAAAAUGUUGGAACAAUAGAUACAUAAAAUAAUAUAAAAUAAAUAUAGAUAUUUUAAUAUACCAACAUAGAAGAUGCAUUUAUUCUAUAUAGCAACAUAGAAUGUAUAGAUAUUUUGAUAUAGCAACAUAGAAUAUGCAUUUAUUCAAUAUAGCAACAUAGAAUAUAUAGAUAUUUUAAUUUAGCAACAUAGAAUAUGCAGAUAUUAAAUAGAGCAACAUAGAAUAUAUAGAUAUUUUAAUAUAUCAACAAAGAGUAUGUAGAUAUUUUAAUAAAGCAACAUAGAAUGUAAUUUCAGUGCUUUCGAACCUUUUUGACUCAGUGGGCAAAUUUUUUUUCUUUGUGGUGCUGAGGGCUGCGCAUGACAUUCCAAAAUAAUUUUUUUUAAAAACGUUUUAGAGCAGGCCUGCACAACAUGUGGCCCGUGACGUAACGAAAUAUUCUUUACUCUUAUUAUUUUCUUAAAAGCUUUCCCCCCUGUCCUAUUUUCUUUGGCCCGCACAACACCUGUCCUAUUUUCUUUUGGCCUGCACUUGUUUUUUUUUAUAAAGUAUUACGGCCCGCUUUACAUUUUUAGUUGUGCAUGCCUGUUUUAGAGAAUUGUUCAGUUUGUUAAUACUUCUUACAUUAUGAUUAAAGAAUCAUGGUUGCCAGAAAUUUGAUCGAAGAAAUUUCAUCGGCGGUAAAUUGAUCGACGGAAAUUUGAUUGAACGGAAAUUUGGUAGAAUCUUUUUUUUCAGUUGACACAUUGAAAUUUUCGUCAAAUUUCUUUUUGAACGCACUAUACUAUAUAGUAAAACAUAAAUAAUGUGUUCAAAAAGAAAAUUGAAGCAAAAUCUUAACGUAAAAACUAAAAAAAGAUUCGACCAAAUUACUGUUCUAUCAAAUCACCGUCGAUCACUUUACCGUCGACGAAAUUUCUUUCGAUCAAAUUUCCGGAUACGAAGAUUCAUAUAUCUGGAAGCAGUAUCAUCCAUAUAAUAAAUAACACAAAUAAAAACUGUAGCACAUCCUUUUAUGCCAUAUUUGCCGUUCACUUGUACUUGCAAUCUUAAUUAAUUAGUGGUUGUUAUUCAGUAACUGCUGCCCUUAUUAGGUUUCCUAAAUGUUUGUCAGUCAAAGCAUUUCUUUUUUUGGACUUGAUGUUGAUCAUUACAGAGAAUCCAGCAUCACAGAUGUAGAUGGUUCCAAACUUUGUCAAUAUCUUUUUACAACAUUUCAAUAUUUGUGGAAAUUCAUCCGAAGAAACAUAGGUCAUCCAGAAUUUAGUUGGCAAUGCAUUAUGUUUGUCAUGAAGAGCCAUGUCAGGCUGCAUCUUGAUGAGUUCAAGCUGCACCUUCAUCUGCUCCUAAUAAUGUCAUCUUUGUAGCUACAACUGAGAUUUCACACAUAAAGAGAUUGUCAACAAAAAGUAAAACAGGAAUAAGACUCUGAAUAUCUUUAAAAUGAUAGUUGAAUCGCUCACUUAUGACCAGCUAUGAAAGUUGUUGUGCAGCCUUUGCAAGGGCUGGGAAGUGAGUAAAAUUUGUCUGAUUCGAUUGGCUGAUGAAUAAUUUUAGAUAAGAUUCAAAAACACUAAUAUCUUUCAUAGCUUUGAUAAGAUUAAAAAAAGCUCUGCAAUUUCAGAUUUAAUUUAUUAAGGUGAUCUGUAAUUUCAGUUAGAAAUGCUAGCCUUACAAUAAACUCAACUUUAACAAAUUGCCCCUUGCUUUUGACCUGGGAAACAGUUUCACUUCUUUAAUUACAUAUCAGAAUCUUGCCAGCACUUUCCCUUUGCUCAGCCAACAAACAUCAUUAUGAAUACAAAAGUCCCCAAAAUUUCGUUCAUAUUCUUCUAACAAAGUCUUUAAUUGCCAGUGAUUUAAUGGAUUAGCUAAAAGGAAAUGAAAAAUUUUCACUAGACUUUCCAUAACAUUUUGCAGUGUAUUAUCUUUUAGCUUUGAGCAAAGAGAUCUCUGGUGAAAUAUUCAAAAUAAUGUCUGGAAAAUCAUUGUCAGCUAUCAACAAACCAAUCAGGCCAACUCUCCUUCCCACCAUUGCUGAAGCACCAUCUGUUGUAACCGAAAUAAUCUUCUUCAAAUCAAUACUAUUCUUUAAUAGAAAUUCCUUCAGUGCCCUAUACUUAUAUUUUAUUAUUAUAUUUAUUAUAUAUAUUAUUAUUUUAUUAUAUAUUAUUAUAUUACGGGUUGUAUUUUUCAAUAGAAAUAGUGGCAAUAAUUCAUCUUUAAAUCCAUGUUCCAUGUCAAAUAUCACCCAAACCAUAAGUUGGACUAUGUCAGUGAUAUCUCAUAUAUCAUCAAAUGCAAGACUGAAACCGGUAGAAUUUUUUAAUCCUUUAUAUUAACUUCGCUUUUGUUUGUGGUUAACUCGCUGGCUUACUGCAUGGCAAAAUUUUGGACAGCUAAUUGGCCCACUUCCUUUCAAGUUAUUGAGCUGAAACUUGGCACAUAGACUUGUUGCAGAUGACAACACAUUCUCUCAAAUUUUUCAGCCCCCCCCCCCCCAAUCAGUUUUUCCUGUUUUUCAAAGGGAAGAUUUUGGACAGCUAAUUGGCCCACUUCCUUUCAAGUUAUUGAGCUGAAACUUGGCACAUAGACUUGUUGCAGAUGACAACACAUUCUCUCAAAUUUUUCAGCCCCCACCCCCCCCCAAUCAGUUUUUCCUGUUUUUCAAAGGGAAGAUAAAAUAAAAUUCCUGGACUGCCCUAAAUGAGAUUCUUUUUUUAAAAAAUCUAGUAAGUGCUUUAGGUACAUAAUAUUUUUUAAAAUUUUUCUAAAACUGUUGGUGAAAUAAAUUAAUCAGCAGUUUAAAAGUGGGCGAGUCAUUUAAAUAUUAAUAUAGUUCAGUGACAUGAAAAAAAAUGUGGGAUUGUGAUCCUUAAGGGGUGAGCACUAACUGAGAUUCUUAUAAAGUGCAUUACUUGUAUGAUUGUUUUGUCUAAUUUUCAACCCCCCCCCCCUUUGCUUGAUGUUAGAUUUUAUAUUUAUAAAGGAUUUAUAUAAAAAGCAAUGUUAGUAGGGGUUUUUAAUUCAAAUCAUGAAGCAACUGCUGAAAUACAACCCUGGACAUACUUUCAACACAUCUUGUAAGUCUGGUGAGAAAACUGAAGAUUUCAUAUUUGUUUUUUUUUUAAUUUCUUCGUUUUAAAAAAAAUUUCAGCAAAUAAAGAAUAUACACAUUCUUGAAAACAAAGUUUAACAGUCUCACCAUCUGAAUAGGAUUUUUUCUUCUUAGCUAAUAACAGAUAAUAUUAAAAGAUGCUUCAGUAGCGAAGUUUCUUGAGCUCAAAAUCUGAUGAAAGACUGGCCAUUCAGAUUCUUUUUUAAAGAAACAACUGUCUUCUCUUAACUUUGUUCCAAUUGGAUAAUCUUUCUCAAAAUCUGCAUGCAUUGACUUGGGGUGUCUCUGCAGACUGGCCUUUUUCAUAACAGAAAUAGAAGUCUGGCAUAUCAAACACACUGUCAAAAACUCCAGUUCCCAUGAAGCGUUAAAAGUUCGGUUCUCUUCUAAAACGUUAGUUUUUUUACUGUCAUUUUUGCUUUAUAAUUUUAGAAAUAAAAAUGCUUUCAAAAAUCGUUCCUACCAUCUCUCAGAAUUUCUCCCUUACUGAAUUGCACUUAACUACCAACACAGCUUUUAUCCCGCUUUCUACUCCUGGAAAGGAUCAUACUCUGAUUACUGAAUGCCAGGUAGUAGAUUGAUUUCGUCUAAAAAUACAGGAUGGACCAACUGCCCCCACAUAGCAGACUGCCUAUUUAGUUUCAACUUGUUAACAUUCCACUCCAGUCAUUUGUGAUUACUCCUGUCUUAUCAUUAUCAUCCUAUAAAGCACAGUUGUGCUGCUCACCUAUGUAGUUCAUCUAAACCUGUCCCGUUGGUGGGCAUGGAAUUUUUGCGAUGACUAGCUAGCUACUCAUCAAGUUACGACAUUUCAAGAUCCCCAAUUCAUCUGUCCCAACAGUGUUACCCUUACCCUAACCCUCACUCUAACCUGACCCUCACCCCACUCUCAUCCACACUGGGCUGGUUGAAGUAGCAAAAAGGAGAAGCAGUUAGUAUCCGAUUUCAUGUCACCUAAUGUUCCCACAUUGUUGAUCUGCUGUCAUGCUUAAAAUAAAUGUCAAGCCAUCACACUCCUUUUGCCACACCCCUUUAUUUUUGGGAUGCCACAAUUUCUCCUUUGCUCUUACGCAAUUUCCCAACAGUACUGAAUCACUGAAUGUUGUUUGAUUUUAUUUUCUAUACAACAUGUUUAUUUUUAUACAAAUGGUUAAAAAAGUCUCAAGUUCUGGCCAUUUUAAACUAGUCCGCGGGUUGGACAGCACUGUGUUAUUUAGUUUUCCACAUUUAGGUGUUCAACUAUUUUAUCUGAGGAAGAAGCAACUAUCAGAUAAUUUCCAACAUACUGAUGUACUAUUAAUUUUGCUUGUAAUGGUAAUGAAAAAAAAAAUCUUGUAUAUGUUUUAUCAAAGUACCAUUACCUUACAUAAUAAAAUUUACUAAUAAUAACUUUUGAUUCUGUGUAGUCUUCAAAAGAAAUUUCAAACACUCUUUGGGGACAAACUAGAAGUUGUGAGGCAGUUCCAGCAACAAGAGAAUCUCAAAUUCCUUUCUCACUUUAAAAGAAAAUUUAUCAUUAAGUUGGGAAAACGUCCAGCUGGAAGACCUGCUGAUUCUGCAAAGGUGAAACCUGGCACAGAAUUUUUCCAACUUAGGGCUAAUGGAAGCCCAAUAGCGACCAGGUGCAUACAGGUCUGUUUUCCUCAUAGCUUGUUCAAAAGUUUUAAAAACAAAUAAUGAGAAGGGACAAAAUAUUCAAAUUUUAAUGAAACAUCCCAAAAUUUACUUUAAAUUCAAAUUUUAGAAUUUACAAAAAAAAAAUUAAAUUUUCUUUUUGACAGUUGGAGAAACCUGAUGCAACAUGGCUAAGUCCACGUUUCUGGUAAGUACAUGCAAAGCUAAGAUAAAUUUUUAAAAAUUUUAUCAUUAGCUAUCAAUACUGUGAAAUACUGUGAAAUUUUUUUUUACUUAAAAGUUAAUUAUUCCUAUCCUUUAAAAAAAAUAUGUUAUUGAUUCAAUUUGAUGUUUAAAAAAGUUAAUUUAAGAAAAUUGUAUUUCAGUUUUAUUCUAAUGGUACCAUUUGAUAGUGAUGAACUUAAGGGAAUUGUAUAUGUCUGGGUUGGUAAGAAAGCAGAUCACAAAGAGGCCCAAAUAGCUGAGGAUAUUGCCUAUACAAUGUACAAGGUGAGGAUAAUCUGUAUUUUAAGUUAAAUACAGUUUCAAUAGAAGUAUGACAAAAUUAUAAGCUUACAUCUUUUAAUCUAGAGAAAUGUUAUAUUUAAUGAUAAAAAUUGGUGAUGAAACUGUUCAUUAAUAAUUUUUCAAGGAUGGCUUCACAAUUCAAAUGAUUAAUGAAGGAGAGGAGCCUGAGAACUUCUUCUGGGUCGGUAUAGGUGGGAGAAAGGCAUAUGAUGAGGUAAGAUUAUUUUUUAUUUUCCUUUAUUCUAAAAACUGGUGUUUACCUUUUUUGGUCAUGGCACACUCUUUAGUGUUCUAGUAGCACAUCUACCUGAUUGCAGAGGCAUGCUGAGGGCAUUUGGUGCCCUUGGCAAGAACUGAAUUUGUGCUCAUAUCAAGCUUGAGAAAUCUAUUUUUAUAUAAUUAAGAUUUUGUACAAAAAAUCAGAUCAAAUUUCAUUAGAAUAUGAAUAGAGAUAAUAUUUUUAUUCCUUUAAACUAAAAAUUAUGCUUUGCUAAAAAGUAUUUCCAAAAUUUCUGUUAGGCUUGCCCAUUUUGCGUUCCUUUCAAGCGCUUUGUUGUACUAUGCCUUGGUAUGCCUCUGGUCAGAAGUGUAUCUAUCCAGCACUGUGGUUCCCAUUCAGACUCCAUUUCAGACAAGACCCACUUAUUGGCGAAUCGACCCCCAUGAAAAACAUUAUAUUUAUUUUUAAACGGAACAUCUUCCAUGCGUCAUUUACCUGUUAAUAUUUUGAUAUACGACUUAUUAAUUUUUAAAAAUUAAUUUAAUUCUCAAAUAAAGUGCCUAAAGGGCUCCCGUAGAUAACCAGCCCAUUGCAGGGGGCCAGAAAAUUUUUGUAAUUUGCAUGAGCCAUUGCUCAAUUUUGGGGCUACUUUUAAGACUUUGUAAUGCAUAAUUAGGGAGCCUGUUAAAAUGCCUUUUAAAGUGAAAUUUACAGGAUAGAAAAAACGAAGUGUGUAUACGGUAAAAGUGUGUAAUUAGUGCAGUGUAAACUGCAUGUGUGUUGUGAAUGAGUGUUGUGAAUAAUUAUUGAAUUAAAUAAUGAUAUUAGGAGGCUAUUAUUGCAAAUUCCAGAGAUAGGCUUUUCUGGCCAAAGAAUCUUAAAUCUUCAGCAUAUAAAUCAGUUUCUGGAUUGAAAACAGCACACGAUUAUUAAAAAAUGAUCUCACCAUAGUAUUUCCUAAGUUUAAAAAAGUUAAAACUUCUGAGUACAUUAACAAACAAGAAAAAAUUUAAAAUAUGGUUUCUUAUAUUUAAUUUCAUAAGUUGCUUUAAGUAAUAAAUUAUUAUUUUAAUUCAUUUUCAUAUCAAAUUAAAUUAGCAGGUUAACAAUAAAUCUUUAAUAACAAAUCAUGACACUCUUUUGUUACUUUUUGUUUCACUGGUCUCAUUUGUAUUGUCUAUCAUGUCCUGAAGGACUUGCAGUAUGUUUUCAAGGUGCUUAUUGACAGGAUAUAUCGCAUCUGUCCCUGCUCUCCACUUAGUUUUAGACUAUUACUUUACAAUCACGGGGGUGGCAUUUUUAGGUCUCAGUAAAUUCUGGCGUACAGUGAAUGCCAUGAGGUGGAUAAAUUCAUUCUGCACAUCAGGGGAGAGAUAUGGUGUGAAUCUCAUGGUCUUCACGAGAGGGUUAAAAACAGCCAGUAGUUUCAAUUAGCCAAGAAAAUGUCCCACAUUGGAGCCAUGAUCAUCUUGCUGAAGUGAUUCUCUGUGUCCAUGCAAAGCUAGAUUUUGAGUUGCAAGUAAUUAAUAUCACACCACUUCUGGCUUACUUGACACACCCAAGGUACACCACUGCCUGAUUUUUAUCUGACACCUGGCAUAAGUUGUCCUCACAGUGCUGCCUACAAGCAUGGCAGGAGGCAUCAUUAUAAACUUUUUGGGAAGAGGGUUUUGCCGCGGGCGCGACAUUUACUUGUCAUUGCCCUGCUUACAUGACUUGAUUAAACAUUGUUAAAAUAAUGAUGAUAAACUAUACAGUUAAUACAGUUAGUUAUGUGGAGUGAAAACCUUUGAUAAUCAAAUGGCAAUAACAUUUUCCAGAUAUCAAACUAAACACAAAGACAAACUUGUCUGUCUCUGUAUUUUUGCUGUCAACCUCUUUUUGGCCCAAAAGUCCAAUUUUUUGUAAUGUCCUUCAGGUUUUCCCUUUACCCUGCUUUAAGUUUCUCUUCUGCUUUUUUCCCACAGGAUUAUUCCUUUAUGCACUAUGCUCGAUUGUUCAGAUGUUCCAAUGAAAAAGGCUAUUUUACUGUUUCGGAAAAAUGUGCAGAUUUUUGCCAGGUACCAGUUUAACCAUUAUCCUUUAUAACUUAAAACCAGGGGAUGUGCUAUUUAUUACAUUUUUUUUUAUUUGAAAAGAAAAUAUAUUUUUACAUUAUAAAUAGAAUGCCUUAUAAAUUAAACAAAGUUACAAUUAACACUUGCAAUCUCAUUUUGAUUUAAUUUUUAUUGGUUAUAUUAUUUCAUAGGACCUCAAAAUAAUCACAGGGACCAAGCAGUUUCUACUUCAAUGUCUGUGGCUCACAUUAAAAAUAUAUAUCACACAUAUUUGAUAAUAACCUCAAGUUAAAGACAUACUGUCAAAUAAUAAUUAAAGAAAAUUUUGAGUUGCCUUUAAAAUUCAUAAAUGCACAUUUGAAUAUCCAGGAUGACCUUGCUGAUGAUGAUGUCAUGAUUUUGGAUAAUGGGGAGCAAGUAUACUUGUGGGUGGGCAAGAAAACUAGUGAUGUUGAAAUUAAACUAGCUUUUAAGAGUGCUCAGGUCAGUAUGAGUUUUACCUAUCAACUUAUCUUUAAAAUAAUGAAUUUCUUAUUUGUAGAUUCAUUUUUAUGUGCAUCCUUUCUUCCCAUUAAGUGGUUUAAAAUUAACUAAUUUUGCUUAAUUACUUUAUUUGGCUCACACCCACCCCUUUUUUUAUGGGGUGAAAAUAAAAAAUUACUUAAUUGCCUAAUGUCAGGCUAAAAUUUUAAAUACUGUCUUUUUGUUUUGGGAGACUAAUGCUUUUUCAUAUUUCUAAUUUAUUUUUAGUUUACUGAUAAUUCUGCUGAGUUAAUAUAUAAUGCUAAAGAACUUCUACGACUUAUCUUAAAUAUUCACUAAUUUGUUUAAUUUGAUCUAUUUUAAAAACAUAUUUUUAUGGACAGUACCGCACCUUUAGAAAAAUGUUGAUUAAUUUAAUCUCUUUAUGUCAAAAGGUUUACAUCCAACAUCUUCGGAAUAAGCAACCUGAUAAACCAAGGAAGCUCUUGCUUGCUAUGAAGUACAAAGAAAACAAAAAGUUUAUCAAGUGCUUCCAUGGGUGGGGCAAACACAAAGAGGUCAAGGAUUUCAAAGCAUUGUUGCCUACUAUUUAUUAAUGAACUUAUAUAACCACAUUUACCUUAACUAAUUCUUCAACCAUCAAAGAAAAAAUGCCAUAACUGGAACAAAGUUUCAUUUAAAAUGUUUAUAAGACUUUGAUUACUUUUGCCCCAAGUUGUGUUCCCCAUUUUUUGCAAUGAAAAGAUAAUUUGCAGUGUGUAAACAUUUUGUAUUUUUCAUCUAAUGUAACAUGCAGGGAAUAUCAACCACUGAACCCUUGUAAAAAUAAAAUGCUGUUUUUUUUUUCUAUUAAAAUUAUUUUAGACAAGAUAGUUAUUUGUUUUACUUUAAAGCUUUCUGUUCACACUAUAGUCUUUUAAAAACUAGAAGAUACUGAAUGUUCAGGAAUUAUUUUGAUUUUUCACUGGCAAUAAAAGAACAUGUUAUUUUAAAAUAUUCUUCUCAACUGUGAUAGGCAGUGCAGUCUGCUGGACUCUUUAGUUUUCUGUUGAUACUUUUACUAUAAUUGUAUAUAAAUAUUUGUAUUAACUCAUCCCUAGCUUAUGUGGUGCAUUUUAUGGUGCUAACUGUAUUUCUUAAAAUGUUGCUUUUUGUGAUAUGCAUUCAAGGAAUGAGACAUUUAAAGUUUAUCAAAACAUUGUCCAAAGUUAAUUUCAUCAAGCUUUGUCUAAUUUUUAUUAUUGAUUGUAAUAAGUAAUAAGUUAACAAAAUUAUUUAUACAGAUUGUUUACAACAAUGAAAUGUUUUUUGACUCCUGCAUUUCAUUUCUAAUUAUGCUAUUGCUUAACAGAAUAAACAAAAAGAAAUGCUCUUGGUAGUUUUAAAUAAGAUAUCUUUUUAUGGAGUGCAAGCAGAUGUUUGUAAAAAUCAUGACGUGCCUCAUAUUGUAUACUUUUUUUUUUUAAUCAGCACUACAAAAUAAUUAAAGACGUGCAUAGAGUUUAAAAGCAAUAAAAUUUGUUUAUUCAUUUGCUAACUAAAAUAAGUUUUUUAGUAUUAUCAUUUAAUUUAAUAAAAUCAUAAGAUAAUUUGUUUCUUUAAAAUUAUGAUUACUGUGUUUCGGUUUUAAAAUCAAUUAAUACACUUACUGAAACAAUUAACAUUCUUAAUCAUUAAGAAACAUUGACUAGUUCACUACAUAUCAAGUUAAUUCAAAUGGAGUGAAUUGAAGUUAAUAAAAACAAUGUAUUUCCUAUAAUAUUUUGUUUUUUUAUUUUAUACACAUUACUAAAUUACAAAAAAUUAUAC